AUGACAGUCCCGCAGUUUUCCCACUGCGCCGCACCCCUCGUCCCGGACCCGACCCCACGCAGCCGGCGCACGCAGCAACGGCCGCCCCGGUCGCCCCAACGACCGCCCUCACCCGGUUCCCCGGGCCUUCACCCGGCCCCGGCGACCGCCCCCCCCGCCAGCCCAAACACAAGAAAGCACCCAUCGAUUACGCCCCCCAGGCACGACACGCCAACCGGCACCCAGCGCGGAGACCCCAGUCCCCCACCGGCCACCCCCCGCCGGAGCGGACCAACCGACACGGAGCACGCCAACGAGCUCGCAACACACGGCGCACACACCACCGCCGCCCUCGCCGAUCAAGCACGCCGCACCGGCCCACCCCCGCCAGCCAGCCCCCCCAAUCACCGUAACGCCCCCGUUCGCGGCCGCCUGCAUACCACGACCACGCACGCACCCCGAGCACAGCCCGCUCGCCCCCACAAGGGAGCCACGGCCUGCGACACCAGGACCCAGCCCACCCGCCUCGCCCCGCUGGCACCCCCGCACGCACCCGCACACCACCCCGGCCGCGUACUGAUAAGAAAAUUCCAGACCCAAUCCCCCCGGCACGACCCGAGGCCCCCAGCGCGCACCCCCGCCGCCGUCGCCAACGUCCCCCCCGCAAGCCCGCCCGCCGAACAACCGUCACGUACGACCAGAGGACACCCGCAGAACCCACGUCGCGCCCACCAGCACUCCUCGAGCGCGCACGACCGCACACCCCCCCUCACCACCCAACAGACCCCCGUCCGCGCACACUCUCAGCACCGCAACGCCCCGCGGACCGCCCCCCCGUGCCCAGCCGCACCACCCGUCAGCAGGGGUAGCCGCGGCCCUGAGGGUCCGCAUGAGCCGAUCGCACAGCCGCGAAGACGUGUACGACAGCCCGCCGCUCCCGCCGGUCCCGCUCGCGCGCCCGCCCCCCCAGAACGGAACGACACAACGUGCCUGAGGCGCGCCCCACAGCACCCCCCCCCACCCGGUUCGCGCCCCCCCCCCCGGCCCGGCGUCAUCACCGCCCACCCCGUCUUCCCACCAACUCGCCCCUAG